CUGUAAAAGUGUCAUUUUAUUUCCUUUCAGCUGAAAAGUCAUCUACUUUGAAAAUAUAGGAUUUGUGGAGAGGAAUGAGAAAAAAUCCCCCCCCAUUUCUUUCCUACAUGGGCAUGAGCUCAUAUACAUGUUUUGAUUGUUGUCUCGCCUUAGACGGACAACCUUUGGCAUUGCACGAUGUAGAAACAGACAUGCCUGCAAUCACAAGACAAGAGCUGUCAUCGUACAAAUGGACCUUUAUAACUCAAGAGGAUCACCCUUACCUGAACCAGCCAUGGUUCACGCUACAUCCGUGCGGGACUAGUGAGUGGAUGAAGAUGCUCUUUAGUAGGGACACAUCUGCAAUGGCACUUGGUGGAUUGGCUAUUGAUAGAUGUCGUCCGACAAGACGACGAGCGUGCACGUGACGGCCCUGGACGGGCUGGUGAAUGUGAAUUCACUGUUCACGGUGGCGGUGUUCGUGGGCCUGUCCAUCGCGACUCCGGGCCAGAAGAGCCUGGAGGAGCGGACGGCCUGCGACGCGGGUAUAGACAAGGUGAGGGGGCUCCUGGUGUACGAGGUUGUCUCCUUCAGCUUCUUCCUCUUCUCUUCCCUGGUGGCUCAGGGCCUGAAGCUGGCCAUAAACCUGCUGACCCGAAACGACACGGACGAGGCCUUCAAGGCCCAUGUCAAUACCAAGGCCCUGAAGUUUGGGAUGUUGGGCUGUGCCGUGGGCUCGAUGUUGGGCUGCUUGUUCUUGAUGAUGUCCAUGGUGAGAGUGAUAGAGAUCAGGCUUGGGGUUCUGUCCUGUGGGAGCAAAUCCUCUUCUAAUUCUGUUUUUGCUUUGGUUUCUUUGGUCUGUUCUGGUCUCCUUCUCUAUGUUUCCACUGCUGUCUAUGCUUUUAUCCACUACUGAGGAAAAAAAACAUGUGAAAUUUGCACUAAAUAACUCUAAAACAUAUGUCAUUUUUUCAAUGUAGCACUUAAACCUUUUG